UCAUCAUCAUCACCUUCUUCUUCUUCUUCCUCUUCUUCUUCUUCAUCUUCAUCUUCAUCUUCACCGUACUGCGUCUUUCUUUCCUCUUACUCUCUCCUCUUCAUCCCUUCAUUUCAAUUUUAAUUUUCCACAGUUGCAAAAUUUAGAAAACCCAGUUUCUUUAACAAUCCCCUUGAUCGACAUCUGUGUUUAUUUACUUUUUUGGGGAUUUAUCUUUUUCGGGGGGUUUUUUUGGUUUUGAGGUAAACCCUAGAUGUUAGAGCCAUGGAUAUAACGGCUCCAACCACCAACACGUUAAGUAAUACUACAACCAAGUACUCUCCGGAACCGGAGAGCGAGACGCCUACCCGGAUCCAACCCUCGAAGUUUACAAACGGUGUUCUCAAGCGCCAUCACCACCACCACCACCAUCACCACCUCGCGCCGCCUAUUGUCAUCAUCUACAAGGAAUGUCUCAAGAAUCAUGCAGCUAGCUUGGGUGGUCAUGCGCUGGACGGAUGUGGUGAGUUCAUGGCGUCUCCUUCUGCUACCCCUACUGACCCGACUUCACUCAAAUGCGCUGCCUGUGGCUGCCAUCGCAACUUCCACCGCCGCGAGCCGGAGGACCCGUUUCCCCCGCCCACCACAGCUACCAUCGAGUUCCAGCCACACCACCGCCAUCACCCGCCUCCGCCUCCACCAGCGUCACAUCGCAGCCCCAACUCUGCAUCUCCCCCACCGAUCUCCUCGUCUUACUACCCUUCAGCGCCUCACAUGCUCCUCGCGCUCUCUGGAGGCCUCUCCGCACUCCCAGAUGGUACUAAUACAUAUUCCCAUUUGCCGGCCAACGCCAAAAUAUCCGCUCGAGGAGUGGGGGUAACAAACACGGUACUGAAUUCAAAAAAGCGAUUCCGGACGAAAUUUAGUCCGAUUCAGAAGGAUAAGAUGCUCCAGUUCGCGGAAAGAGUCGGGUGGAAGAUGCAGAAACGAGACGAUGAGCUGGUGCAGGAAUUCUGCAACGAGAUUGGGGUCGAGAGAGGGGUAUUGAAAGUGUGGAUGCAUAACAACAAGAACACCAUCGGAAAGAAGGAUUCAAACGGCGGCAGUGCCGGUGGGAACAACAACGGCGAUCCCGACAGUGGACACAACAUUGACAACAACGAGAACCAUGAGAAUAACAACAUCGGGCAGAAUCUGAACCACCACUACGAGCACGAGAGCGUCGCGCAUGUCGCCACUAAUGGGUCAUCUUCCUCUUCUUGAUUAAGAGAUCAUACCUCGUUUUGAUAAUAAGGACUUAGAAAAGAGUAAGGAGACUGUUAUUAGCCGUUUUUCUUCUUUAGUUUCUGUCUUUCUUCCUCAUUUUGUUACUAAUUAGUUUAAUUAAUGAUGGUAAUCACUUUGUUGAGAUAACAUGAGAGAUUUGAUCUAAAGGGAAUUCAUUUUCAUCUUUCCUUUUUUUCUUUCUUUUUUUCUUUUGUCGAAUUAAUUCUAGUAGGAAUU